AUGUUCCUGGGAACGAUCCACGCAAUGCUUCUGGAUUCCGAGAUCAACAAAUAUGACACCGGCAUGGGCAAGUAUACGUGGCUUCUUUGCUUCCCCUCCACCGUCAAGCCCGUUGGUUAUCUUUGGUUCUGGAGUUACAUCUACUACCUCAGCAAGUAUUACGAGCUUCUGGAUACCGUUAUCCUGGUGCUGAAGAACAAGCCGCUGUCGUUCCUCCACGUGUACCACCAUGCAACCAUCGUCUUCCUCUGCUGGCUGUGGCUAACUAACACGCAGUCGCUUCAGAUCAUUGCGAUCACGAUCAACACGGGGAUCCACGUCAUGAUGUACUUCUACUACUUCAUGCACAGCAUCGGCAUGCCUCCUCCUUGGAAGAUGUUCGUCACCAACAGCCAGAUCAUUCAGUUCAUGAUCGGCACUUUCGUCUCCUUCCCGCUCAUCUACUUCCACUUCACCCGGCCGACUGGCUGCGCUGGAUUCGAGUCUUUCUGCUUCAACCUCUUCUUCAACUCCUCGCUCCUCUACCUCUUCGUCGACUUCCACAUUCGCAACUACGGAAAGGCUGCGAAGGCAGCCAAGGGAGCCAAGCGGGCCAAGAGGGAUUAA